AUGAGUCUCUAUCCAGAUCAAGUCACUACAGUGAUUGUCCCCGACCAUGCAGAGCCCAUCCACACUCAGAGAUUACAUCUACGGCCGAUAACUAUGACAGACGCUGCGGCGAUCUUCGAAUUCAGACGUCGACAAGAGGUGGCAGACUGGCUUCGACAGAAAACUCCUCAUCAGCACAUAUCAGAGUCUGAGGCUCUAAUCACCAAAAAGAUCUUCACAACACCAGACGCAUCAGGCACGGUUGGACGACAGUUUUUCUUUGCCAUUAUCUGCUUGAAUGAUCCACUGAAAAGAGUCAUUGGUGCUGCGGGUGUCAAUUCGCUUGUGCCGGCUCCGUCUAUUGGAUAUACCCUCCAUCCUGACUUUUGGGGGAAGGGGUAUGCCACAGAGGCUGUCAUUGCUAUUGUUAAUCGGUGGUGUAAGCUUCCAAGGAGCAACCCAGAGGGAUUAGAAUUGGAGAAGACGGAAGAGAGGCUGUUUGCGGCCUGCAAUAAGAACAACGUUGGCAGUGUUAAAGUGUUACAAAGAUCUGGGUUUGUUAUGUAUGAUGAACUGGUUCUUGAGGAGGAAGUGGCGGCUCUUUUUGAGUUAAAUAUCACCCCUAGCUAG